GCGCGGCAGUGCGCCCCGAGCCGCGCCCGCAGCCCCGACCGCAGCCCCGGGCAGGCAGCGGGCAGCGCGCCCGGGGGGGAUGCGCGGCGCCGGGGAGGAGGCGGCAGGGGCGGCCCCCGCGCCGCUGUGAGCCCCCGGCCCCUCGCAGGCGUAGAGGAGCUAUACGCGCGGCCCCUGCGCCUCUCUAUAUCUAUAGAUAUUAUUUAGAGAGAGAGAGAGAGAGAGGAGGCAGCCGCCGCUUCUCUCCGCGGGAGCGGCCGCCGAGGCGCAGCCCCGAUGCCCGGCGGGGCGGCGGGGCCGCCGCUCGGGCGCGCAGCUCCCCGUUAAAAGCGGCGGCCCCCGCGGGCUGGAUGCGCGGCGCCGGUGCGGGCAGCACCCCUGGGCCGGCCGCCGGGGCCCCGCGGCUCUAGGGGCCCCCCGGCCCGGCCCGGCCCGGCGGCGGUGCGGGGAUGCUGGCGCUGGGGCAGAUGGACGGCGCGCCCCGGCAAGGCGCCUUCCUGCUGGGCAGCCCGCCGCUGGCCGCCCUGCACAGCAUGGCCGAGAUGAAGGCGCCGCUGUACCCCGCGUACCCCCUGCCCGCCGGGCCCGCCUCCUCUUCCUCCGCCUCCGCCUCGCCCGCCUCCGCCUCGCCCUCGCCGCCGCUCGGCUCCCCCGGCCUGAAGCCGCCCGCCGCCGCCUCCGGCGGGCUCUCGGCGCUGGGCUCGGCCCCUCCGCAGCUCUCGGCCGCCACCCCGCACGGCAUCAACGACAUCCUCAGCCGGCCCUCCAUGCCUUUGCCGGCAGCCGCCCUCGCCUCCGCCUCGCCCUCCGCCUCCUCGGCGGCCCCCGCCGGGCUGCUGGCCGGGCUGCCCCGCUUCGGCAGCCUCAGCCCCCCGCCGCCACCGCCGCCCGCUCUCUACUUCAGCCCCGGGGCCGCCGCCGCCGCCGCCGCCGUGGCCGCCGGGCGCUACCCCAAACCGCUGGCCGAGCUGCCCGGCCGGACACCCAUCUUCUGGCCGGGGGUGAUGCAGAGCCCGCCCUGGAGGGACGCCCGCCUCGCCUGCGCCCCCCAUCAAGGCUCAAUUUUGCUGGAUAAGGACGGAAAGAGAAAACAUACCAGACCCACUUUUUCUGGCCAGCAGAUUUUCGCCUUGGAAAAGACUUUCGAGCAGACGAAAUACCUGGCGGGCCCGGAGCGAGCCCGGCUGGCCUAUUCGCUGGGGAUGACGGAGAGCCAAGUCAAGGUCUGGUUCCAGAACCGACGGACCAAGUGGCGGAAGAAACACGCGGCGGAGAUGGCGACGGCGAAGAAGAAGCAGGACUCGGAGACGGAGCGGCUGAAGGGCGCCUCGGAGAACGAGGAGGAGGACGACGACUACAACAAACCCCUGGACCCCAACUCAGACGACGAGAAGAUCACGCAGCUGCUGAAGAAACACAAGCCGGGGGGCGGCGGGCUGCUGCUGCACCCCCCCGAGGGGGAGGCCUCCGCCUAGCCCGCUCCGCCCGCCGCCGCUUUCGGAGAUGUACAGAUCUAUUUUUCUAGACUCUACGCGCCCGGGAGGAGGAGGAGGAGGAGGAGGAGGAGGGGGAGCAGAGAGGACCCCAGCGGGCGCGCCCGUGUUAUUGUAGGGUCGCGGGGAGCGGCGGGGGCCGCCCCGGGCCGGGUCCCGCUCCCGGUGGUGCGGCGGCCGCCCGUUCUCUUUGUAAAUAAACCGCGAGUCCCCGCGACCAUAGGCGUUCCUUACUGUGAAUAUUUAAAAUGUAAAAUACCUUCUUUUUUUUUUUUUUUUUUUUUUUUUUUUUUUGUACAGCGGGGGCGCCGCUCCCCCCCCCCGCGCUCCCCGCCGACGGGGGCAUCCCCGCACCCCCGAGACGGGCAGCAGCGGGGUCACCCGAGGAAAAAAAACACUAGUGGCUGCCACCGGUGCCUCCCUCGGGCCGAAGCUGCAGCGGCCCCGCGUGCUAUUUAUUAGGAUUUUUGGAAACCCCUUUUCCGUUGCGGUCGUCGUGCAGAGGGAGGGGGGAGAGGGCAAGGGGACAGGGUUUGCUUUCACUUUACACCGUUUCCAAUCAACCACGUGUUGAAAAAGUAGAUGGUGGUAAUUGUCACAACCACUUUCCGUCAAAAUAUAAAAUUCAUUUAGUUGCUGUAAUUGAAUUUAAAGUGUGUUUUCUUUUGUAUCAUACGGAAUACUAUAGAAUGUAAAUUGUUUGUUUUUUGUUUUUUUUUUUUUUUUAAAAAAAAAAGCUAAUAACGAUGAUAUAUCGUGAUAUAGCAUAACAUUUAAUAAUUUAUAUUAAAAAUAAUUCGGUUUGUAAAGAGAAGAAAAGCCCUUUGCAAGACCAGUUAAAUGUAAUGCACUUUCUGUUUAAAAAAACAAACAAACAAAACCACCAACAAGCGAUAAAUCAAUUAAACCAGUUUAAA